CUCGCAUCUCCGCACGCACCGCCGUCGCCGCCCGUGCUCCCUUCUCCCCCCUCCCCCCUCCCCCCGUCGACGGCCAUCUAUUACUCCGGGCUCGGAUCGGCUAUCUCGCCCCGCCAAGGAAGGAAGGGCAUGGCUCUGCGAGCAGCCGCCGCGCGGCUGGCGUCCUCCAGCCUCCGCCGCCACCACGGCCACCUCCUCCCGGCGGCCUCCGCCGCCAGCCACGCGGCCUUCCUCCACUCCCACGCCACCAGCUUCGGAUUCAAGCAGGUGCGCGAGGACGAGAAGAGCAAGCUGGUCGGCAACGUAUUCAGCAGCGUCGCCUCCAGCUACGACGUCAUGAACGACCUCAUGAGCGCUGGGCUGCACAGGCUCUGGAAGGACAGGCUGAUUUCAAAGCUGAAUCCUUUUCCUGGUAUGAAGCACCUGGACGUGGCCGGUGGGACAGGGGAUGUUGCAUUCCGUGUAGUGGAAAGAAUUAAGAGUGUGAGCCACAGAGCUAUGCAGGGUACUCUUACUGAUAUGGAAGAAGACACUCACAUUUAUGUUUGCGACAUUAAUCCAAAUAUGCUAGAAGUUGGAAAGAAGCGUGCUGCUGAAAAAGGCUACAAUGAAGAGAAGUGCCUUAGUUGGGUACAGGGAGAUGCAGAAGCUCUUUCUUUUGAGGAUGGGUCUAUGGAUGGCUAUACUAUUGCAUUCGGGAUCAGAAAUGUUACGCACAUUGAGAAAGCUCUAUCAGAAGCUUACAGAGUUCUAAAGAAAGGAGGAAGGUUCCUGUGCUUGGAGUUGAGCCAUGUGGAUGUUCCAGUUUUUAAAGACAUUUACGACAUCUAUUCGUUUUCUGUGAUUCCGGCUGUGGGAGAGCUAGUUGCUGGUGAUAGGCAGUCGUACCAAUACUUGGUCGAGAGCAUUCGUCGGUUUCCAAAACAGGAAAAGUUUGCUCAGAUGAUCCAGGAAGCUGGGUUUGAGGCAGUCGAAUAUGAAAAUCUGGUAGGUGGUGUAGUUGCCAUUCACUCUGGAGUGAAACUGUAAUAUAGGUUGAAUAGCAGCACAGGCGACGCUUUCGUGGGUGGUGGUGGAUCUGAAUCAGGCAUUUGGGGCUAACAAUCGACCAUUUUCUUUGUUAAAAAUUAAUGUAACUAUUCCCGUUUAUGUAAUUCAAAAUAAGAACAGAUGAUGAUAUGCACAGAGGUCUUAUUUUUUUCA